UUUGUGUGCGCAUAUUCAGAGUACUGUCAUCUGCAAAUCGAUGAUCAAGUGAAUCGUAUAAUUUCGAAAUUAUUGCGCACUUUGGGGCCCACUCUGCUGCGUACUGCCGUACAAGGCAAUACUGCCAAUCGCGCUCGCACCUCUUUCGAUGCUGAUUUCGAUGACGAUGAUGAUAGUAGCAGCAGCAGUAGCAGCAGCAGCAGCAGCAGUAGCAGUAGUAGUAGCAGCAGCAGUGGCUCGACUAGUUUUACCUCCAACAACGGCAGCGGUACACGCGUUUCCAUCGAGUUGCCAACAUUCGAACCAGACAAUGACGAAGAGAAUGAAAUUGGCAGCGUUACCAGUUCCAGCAGCCAGGAAACAGCGACUCUACGCUACAAAUGUGAGUGCGAGAGGAUACUCGUUUUAAGUAGUUCAUAUAUAAUUGAGUAAUUUCAAAAUGCGUUGCGCGAAGCAAGUGAGCGCUCGCUUUGUAUGAGCAUUGAGUGCGUGAUAUGUCAAAUUGACAGUUAAAAUAUAACGUCAAAUUGACAGUUGUAAACGUAAAUGCUGAACAAAACUAAUUUUUUUAUUAAUUUGCUUAAUUGGAUUUUUUGCUUAGAAAUUCU